GACCACCGCGCGCCUUGCUCGGAGAACACACGCACGACACCCGCAACGCCAAGAGAGAAGGCACAAGAGAGAGAGGGAGAGAAACGCAGAAGCCCGGAAGAAUGAGUCUUAUGUUUUUCCAGGACGACAGUGAACCGAGAGACAGAGACAGAGAGACAGAGACAGAGAGAGAGACCAAACAACAACAACAACAACAACAGCAACAGCAACAACAAGAGCAGUAUCUGUUCAACAUGGCUGCCACUGCCCCUCACACCCUGCCCAGCAGCCGACGUGGCACUAGCGGCCAGCCUCCGAGACGCUUGAGCUUUCAGGACCGUCCACCGCAAGAGUCGGCCGUGGAUCGCCGUCCUGAGCUCAUGCAGUUUCUGGCCAACGAACUCAGCCGCAUGUCUGCGGCCGCAGAUGACAAUCAAGGCGAGGCUGAUGCUGUCAUCGAAGUGCUCGAUGAAUCUACAACAGCCUCCCAAGGAGAGCGUCCGAGUGCUACCCAGGAGGCAGCAGAUGAGAAUGAUGACCAGGGCGAUGAUGAAGACGCUGACACUGACAUUGACUGGGACACCAUCCAGAUGAUCCAGAACAUGCCGGAUGAGGUGUUCGCCCAGCUGGACCCCAACACGCGCCAACAAGUCAUGCAUCUCCGGGGCAAGUUUGCCGACCUUCAGCAGAAGCAAGCCCAGUUGCAGGCCUUGCGCGAUCAAAUGGCCAUGCUCACCCUCAUGGCUGAGCGGGCAGCAGCUGAGGAGGCACAAAAUCAAGACAUCGACUAUGACGAGGAAGAGGAACAACCCCCCGAGUAUGCAGAGGACGAGGCCAAUGCCGAUGAUGAUGAAGCCGACAUGGCCGCGCUAGUCGCCGCGCAGGAUUUGACCAGUAACUUUGAUGACAUGCUCAGUGGAGCCGCCGCUCAAGGUGCCUCACCCGAACAGUUGGCCGUGCUGCGGGAGAAGUUUGAACAGCUUCAGCGCCUCAAACAAGAAGCACAGCGCCUGUUUGAGCUAAAAGAUCAUCUCACUCGCCAAGCCGCUGCCAUGCAAGACAUGCAGGACGCUGAUGAGGAGGAGGGUGACGAAGAUGUGGAUGACGAAGAAAUUGACGAAGAGGAAGAAGCCUUCGCCAAUGCCAAUGAUCCCACAACCCGGAUUCGAGCCAUGCUCGCUGAAGCACAGCAGCAAGGGCAACAGCUGCAACAGCUUCGAUCCCACAUGGCAUCCACUGCCGAUGCCACGGCAAGUGCAGCAGCUGUCGACCGGGGUGAUGCUACCGAAGAGGACCGCCAAGUUCUCAUGGCUGAGCUUUCGCGCCAACGAGCGCUUAAGGAUCAACUUGAGGACAAACUCAAACAACUUCAUGCGUUGCAGGCCGAGGCUGACCGCUUGCGUCGCGUCAAACAAGAGGCUGACACGCGCUACAAAAGCCAAUUGGAGGAGUACGAGGAGCAACUGGCCGCUACCGAGGCCCAAGGCACGCCUGAGCGCCGCCGCGUUCGCUAUGCUGCUGAUGGACCCGCCGCGUCAGCUACCUCCCCCUCCACUGCUGCUGCGGCUGCCACUCUGCAGCGCAUGGAGGCCAUGAUGUCACAAUUGCAAGGCUAUAAGGCAAUGAAGCGAGGAGAGGCGCCCGAGUCACGCUUCGCCAGCGAUGCGCAAUGGGCUGUGCUGGCCCAGCCAAUCCGUCCAGAAGAAGCCUUCAAUGAGGAACACGAUGGCUCUCAGGCGGAUUUUCUUCCUGGGCGCAUUUCACCACGCUCGGGAUCUGUUUCCAUGGCUCCUCUUACCAAUGCCACAAUCCACACCCAAGACUUGGAAGAGUUGGAGGAGGAACGUGUGGCACAAGAGCAAAUGCAGUUUGAUGAUGUCAUGGCUUCAGCUUAUGAUGACCUAGAGAGUGCCAUGGCUACGCAACUCGUGGCCGCGCUGGAGUCAAGGUCGCGCCCAAAUGGGGUUGCUCGCGAGCCCUUGGCCAUGUACUUGGAGGAAGAUGAUUAUGAUGUUGACGAGGACGAUCAAGACGAGGAUGACCAAGACGAGGACGAUGAGGAAGACGAUAUCAUCCUCCUGGACAACGAGGGUGAUGAUGCCGAUGCCUCGGAGGGCGAUGCUUACGUUGCUCCACAUCGGCGCGACUCGCUCAUUGCUGACUUGGGCGCGCUUCGCCAACGAACCAGCAACUUGCGCAACCAAAUUCGAUUUGUCAAAAGUGCCAGCAUUGUAGAUGAGGACGAGUUCAAUGACACGUCUGACUCGCCAGCCCCACGCCAUAUGGAUGUUUAUGAUCCCGAGGAGCGUCGCCGCGAGGAGCUUCACAAUUACAACCUGGCCAUGAGCUUUGCAAGCAUGCUGGACCCAAGCGACCGUGCCGACUUUUUCGCCAUGUUUUUCACACGCUUCCGUCAAAAUCCUUAUGGGGCUUUUGCUGAGGCGGCCUGUGCAUACUCUUUGAUCGCCGCUGACCUUCACCAAGGUCAAGAUAGCCUCUGUCUCAAUGCUGCCAUGCAUCGUCGCGUCGAGGCAGGGAGCAACGGGGACAUGGCAUCGUCGAGCCUGCUUGUGGAUGCGGCCGUGGGGCCUGAGCCGAGCCAGGAGGACGCACAAGCUCAAUCAUACAACGAGCAACGUGAACAAACGGCGCAACAUCUCAGAAUGGCCGUCUACGAUGAGGUGGCCACGGUGAUCACUCUAAACGAGGACCGGCCCAACUUUUUGCUACGCGUCUUUCAUGCCCUGCAGGGGAUGGACAACGACUAUGUGCGCCAACGCGCCAUUGAGGCUCUCGAUGCAAUUGCCAGCGAUUAUCUACACGAUACAACGAUUGACGGCACCGCUUCAUAUCGUGGCCUCUACGAUGAAGCUCUCAGCGCUGUUGAAGAUGGUAGCAUGAACAGUCAGGACGACAACACAGACCGAGGUAGUGAUGUGGAGGCAAGCCCGACUCCAGCACAGCCACGCCCCAGCUUGCCCCGGGUUUUUGGUCAUUCUCUGGAUCAGGUCAUCCACACGUUGCAAGCGCCCCGCGAGGGACAGGACUUGGCUGAGGAAGAUGAAUCACACAUGCUGGUCGACGAGUUUCGUGCUGAGUUGGUCUUGCACCGCGAGAUUAUGGACGUCAUUCAUGACGCGGUCGAUGUAGCGCCAGAGGACGCCGUGGUUGAUGCAUCGGUCAUCGAUGCCAUUUGCCAUGUAAUUCAACGCGCUGGUGAAGCUUUGGCCGAUGUUGAGGAGGAUGCAGAUGCGCGCGUGCCCGCUGCCGCUACUGCUGAAGCCGAAGAGUUGAGCGGCGAGAGCAUGGAGGAGAUUGCUGAAGUUCGAACGGCCAUUGAUGGCCUCAAGGGAGAUGAGUCGCAACUUUUGCGGAGGCGUUUCUUGGACAUGAAGCGCUUGCGUGAGGAGCGCAUUCGCCGCUAUCAGACGUUGAUUGAGGAGCGUCGCGUGGCCUUGUCCGGGACGGGCUCGGCUACUGCUGAGGGUUCAUCGCGUCCCAACACCAGUGCCCAGAACGAUGCUUCUGACUCGGAAUUUGACGAUGUAGUAGAAGAGGCUUGGCGCAGGUCGGGCAAUGACCAAGGGGUGGAUGAGGAUUGUGAGUACAACUUUGAUGGCAACAAUGACGAUGACGAUGACGACGAUGAAGCGAAUGAGGACGAUGAGGAUGUCAAUGAUGAUAUCGAUGAUGAUGUGGAUGAUGAUGUGGAUGAUGACGAGGAUGAUGAUGAUGAUGAUGAUGAUGAUGAUGAUGAGGACGACGAGGAUGAUCAGGUCGGAGAGCUCUCUGGUGCCAUGCAAGCAGCUCGCAAGCGGGCCGAAUCUUAUCAACUGACGCAAAGCGAGCUGGGCGAAGAGUCUGGCGCAGACUCCGCCGAGGCCAUGAGUGAUGGAGCUCCUGAUGGCGUACAGAGAGGACUCUUCGACAUAACCCUGGAUGACUUGCCAGCUGACUUUCGCCUUGACAACGACGCUCUCGAUGCGUUGACGCAGUCGAUGGCUUUGGAUCUGGCAGAAAACCCAGACUUGGCAGCUUUGGCGCGCGCUGACUUUGGUGAUGCGGCAUCACCGCUCGCCUUUGGCCGUGCUGCAGGCAGGACCAAGAAGCACGACGAUGACGAAGACGAGGAUGGCGAGGAGUAUGACGAAGAUGAGGACGAAGACCAGUAUGGCGAGGAAGAUGAAGACGAGUAUGACCAGGAGGAUGCUGAAAGCGAUGGCUACUUUGACCACGAUGAAGAUUUCCUUGAUGAACAUGACUCGCCGGUCGAGGGUGCGCUUGAUAGUGCUUCAACGCCAGCAACAGACGGGGACCCAGACAUGAGCAGUGCGACCGUGGCAGAGUUUAAGCCACCCACCAACGCGAUUGAGCCGACUGUCGCUACCGAAGAUGAUUGA